AUGUCCGAUAUUAACACAACUCUCCUCAACUCAAUUCAAAAGAUUGAGGUUGAUCUUGCUGAAAUCAAGCAAGCAUUGCAUGAGCUUCAAAGGCAAUUCAGCAAUCAAUUUUCGCCAGCAGUCAGUGCGGAAGAUCUAACUACAAUGCAACAAAGCAUUAUUGAGCAAAGUUCUCUUGAGUGCAUUGCCAAGUCUGUGAAAAGAGCCCAGCUCACAGAGUAUCCUGAUCAGCUCGGUAAGCAAGUAAUCAAUACUGGCGGCAAGUUCAAAGGAAAAAACGAAGCACAAAAAUACAAUCUGUUGCUUCAGAUUCUUCACGAGCAGGACUGGAAGGCGCGCUGCAAAGAAGUUCCACAAGGGCAGCCUUUGCCCCCAUUAGUCCCUCUUUCAGACCAUGAUUUGACAGUAAAAGGACUGCAUCUCAAAACAUUAGGCUGUACGGUAAAGCAUGAUAUCAUUGACAAAGACUAUCCUGCGGCCUCAAAAGAAUGGAAGAAUAUCCCAGAGAAAAACAGGGAAUACUACAUGAUGCAUUUGGAGAGAAGCCUUCUUCGGGAAAGCUUCAAGAGCGACAACCAGACGCACAAGAGAAGAAUGGCAGAGAAGAACAAAACACAGCAAGACAUAAGUGAUUCUUCACUUUCUUCUCCUGAUAUGUCAGAAACUGGUGAUGUUGAGUCGCCCAUAAUGGCAGAUGUGCUGUCUCCUCCACCCACAGCAAGUGUUGAGCCUGCUCGCAAGAGAAGCCGAAGAUCAGUAAAUGCUUAUUUUACUGAACAAGUAAGCAUAUUAUAUAAAGAAAUCGACCAUUCUGUUAAAGCUGCAAAGGAAAAACAAGAGGUUGUGCUAGAAUUGAAAGCAAUAGAACAAAAGAAAGAAUGUAAUAGAGGAAAGGAAGGACGCUUGAUUUUUUUUUGA